CACUUUUGAAUUUGCAAUAAGCCUGACGCUCCUAGAGCUCCCGAUAACCAUGCCGUAUGCUCGCAUCAAUAGCAACGUCGCUAAGGACAGCGUAGAUACCGCCGCCGCAAGCAUUGCCGUCGCCAAAACUCUAAACGAGGCGUGGGGGGUCCCUACCCAGUUCAUGAUGGUGGAGAUGAACUUGGGGGUUCCUAUGGUCCUGAAUUUCAACGACGAGCCCGCCGCGUAUGUGCACGCCCGUACGAUCGGCAACGUCGCCGAGAAGAACCCUAAAACGAUCGCAAUGUUGACGAAGACUGUAUCGGAACAGCUGGGUGUUGCUGCUGAGCGCGUGUAUGUGGUGCUAGAGGACAUCAACGUUGGCAACUGGGGCGCUGCUGGAACGAUAGUCAUUCCUCCAACCAACAAGCACUGAACGAGCAAAUCUAGCGUGUGGUAAACGAGUUGAAUUUCAACUUUGAAAUAAUACACUUUGAGAAUUUCCACCC